GCGGGGCUUUACGAGGCCGAGGUUAUAAAAGCGGCGGCGCGGCGGGGGGGGCCCCUCAGCGCGGCGGGCGGGCGGCGGCGCCGGAGGAGGGACCGCGCUGCCGGGGGAGGGGGAGAGGGGGCGACCCCCGGCCUCCCCCCGCCCGAGGGGCCACCCCAACACCGCGGGGACCCCCCUGAGAACCCAGCGGAUACCCCCAGGGAGCCGCUUCCUCCUCGGGACCAGCCCGGCAACGCCGGGGCCCAGCCCGGCGCCAUGGAGCCCCGAGGCGGCGCCUGGCAGAUUUCGGAUAUUUUGGGGUUCCUAACUGAUAAUUUUGGGGUUCCAGAGGGCACCCCGUACGCGGGGGGGCUCUUUAGGAUGAAGUUGGUUCUGGGCAAGGAUUUCCCGGCCUCUCCCCCCAAGGGAUUUUUCCUCACCAAAAUUUUCCACCCCAACGUGGGGCCCAGCGGGGAAAUCUGCGUCAACGUCCUCAAGAGGGACUGGAGAGCCGAGCUGGGGCUGCGGCACGUGCUGCUGACCAUCAAGUGCCUGCUGAUCCAGCCCAACCCGGAGUCGGCUCUGAACGAAGAGGCCGCGCGGCUCCUCCUCGAGGACUUCGAGCGCUUCGCCGCCCGCGCGCGGCUCCUCACCGACAUCCACGCCCGCGGGACCCCCAGGAGCGACCCCCACCCAAAAAACGAAACCCCCCCGGGCCCCUCCGGCCUCGCCCACAACCCCCCCGACGGCCCCGUCCCCAAAAAACACGCGGGGGACAGGAAGGCGCCCCCCAAGAAAAAGGGGGAUAAGAAAAGGGCGCUGAGGAGGCUCUAA